UGGAAAGUAGUGACUCUUGUUUCUGAAUUGCUACGCCUUGACAUGGUGUUCGGAACGCCGACGGCUGCUUCCCGUGCUCUGCAGCUCCGGCAAUCCUACCUCUGCAUCUCGAAGUACAUUAGAAGUCGAAAAUACCUGGGUCAUUCCACCUAUUCUGUGACUGGUACUAUAUCUACUCGUUGUUCAAGUACUUCAGUGAAAGAAACCCUUCAAGAUUCAAAGUCCAAACUUGUCGAAAAUGCUGCAGGCUCAACAUUGGUCAAGCCUCAGAACAUCUCGAAACAUCAUGCCCUAGUGCUCACCAGUCAUGUACCAGAGUUGGACACGAGCCAAUACAAAUCCCUUGUCAAUUUCGAGCGCACAUCUAUACACGAAUCCACAUCUCUCACAACCUGGCACGACCUCGCGGCGUUGGCCCCCGAUAACAUCGAUGUCCAAACGAGAUCACACGAAAUAAAGAUUUGUGGCUAUGUUACUUCACAGCGGCAAGGAAAAGGGUUUACAUUCCUCCAACUGGUGGACCCAAGCCUCAAAUACAGUGUUCAGGUGAUUGUGAAAGACGACAAGAAGCCCGUCGAGCUACCUUCGUCGGGACAACCCCUCACAUCUUCAUCCACGAUCGAUCCACCGGAGCAGGGCACAGAAGAUAUAUACAACCAGCUAAGAUAUGUUCGACCUCACACACCUGUCCAGAUCCAAGGCAUACUCGUUCCAAGGAAACCACCACGCGCGAAGAAAGCUGAUUUGAAGCAUGUUCGCGACAAUGUUGAUCAAAAUGGAACGGGCGAACCUGUUCAUACAGUCGCUACACACGACCCAUUUGUCGGAGAUGUCAACCUUGUCGCCCGGCUCGAGAUACAAGCAGAAACCUUGAAUCCCUUGAACACUUUCCCUCCAGAUGUCAUCGCCCAAGUUGACACGGCGUUUCCCCCUGAAGGCCGUCAUCUUCAGUUCCGGACAGAUCCAGCCCUCCGUCGUCGCAUUCAAUUGCGCACCCAGGUUGCGACUCGAGUCCGCCAACAUUUAGUGUCUUCGGGAUUUGAGGAGAUUGAAACUCCAAUCCUCUUCAAGUCUACACCAGAGGGCGCAAGAGAAUUCAUCGUACCUACAAGAAAGAAGGGUCUUGCAUAUGCUCUCCCACAAAGCCCUCAGCAGUACAAGCAGCUUCUUAUGGCAUCUGGGAUAUCUCGCUACUUUCAAUUUGCCCGAUGCUUCCGAGAUGAGGACCUCCGCGCCGAUCGGCAGCCGGAAUUCACACAGCUCGAUCUUGAAAUGUCUUUUGCAGAUAGCCAAGCUGUCAUGGACACCAUCAGGACGUUGCUUGUGAAUUCGAUACUGCCCACCGCGUGCCCAGAUCUUCAUGUAGACAAGACCUUCGCAACCUAUCAGUACCAAGACGUCAUGGAAUCUUAUGGCUCGGAUAAGCCGGAUAUCCGUCUCGGAUCGAAAAUCAAGCGCAUCGACGGCUGGUUUCCUCCGAAUGUCGUGGGCAUGAUGACGUCCCUAAAAGAUCCUGCAGUGGAGAUGAUCAAGAUUAACAUGCAAGGGACCUCGCCUGCUGAGAGUGGCGAGUUUAUACGAAGCUUCAUGGACUUGCCAACUUCAGCAAUAUACGCAAACAACUCUGAAGGGAUGCCCGGAAUCGCCGUGUAUGAUGUCAGAAAACCGAUGAGCGGCCUAGCAAGUUUCGAGCAUGACGCAGCUCUGAAGAUCGAGCAAGUCUUUCAACCCGAGCCCGGAGACAUCUUGAUUGCACAGACGCGUGCGAACUCCAGAUUGACUGGUGGUUCAACCACACUCGGCGGUCUGCGGAGGGAUGUUUACGCAGCUGCCAUCGAACGCGGAAUUCUGUCUCCCCCAGAAGGAAUCUCCAUAAUCUGGGUAGUCGACUUUCCUCUGUUUUCUCCCAUUGAAGACUCGGCGCCUGGGCAGGGUGGCAGUGCAGGCAUCUGUUCCACACACCAUCCUUUCACUGCACCAAAACCUGGUCAAGAUUUAUCCAAGCUCAUCACAAACCCGAUAGAUAUCAUCGGCGAUCACUAUGAUUUAGUGAUCAAUGGAGUUGAAGUCGGCGGUGGUUCACGUCGUAUUCAUACAUCCGACAUGCAAGAGUUGAUAUUCAAAGAUGUACUCAAGAUGAAGCCCGAGCGUAUCGAGGAUUUCAGACAUUUGCUCGGUGCACUGAGCAGCGGUUGUCCCCCACACGCAGGCUUUGCCCUGGGAUUUGAUCGUCUUAUGGCAGUAUUGACUGGACGCAACAGCGUACGGGAUGUGAUUGCCUUCCCAAAGACAGCUGAUGGAGAAGACAAAUUUGUGGGAUCGCCGACGUGGCUGAACGAAGACCAACUCAAGACCUAUCACCUGAAGAUUACUGAUACCAUGUCGAUGACACCGUCGCCAGCGGUGUCAGUGAAAGCCUGACGAGGAACUUGAGAUGAAUAUCUUUGAGAAGCUACCAAAAUAUGUAACACUACAAUAUUGUACAAUACAGCCAACAAUUGGCGUUGCA